AUGUUAACUUUCUGGCGAUCAAAGAAUAUCCACAUUAAAGAGGCAGGAGAUAAGCAACCUCCAGGCUCACACCUCAGUCACCUCCAGGACACCAUCCGCAGUCUCAACACCACGGCGGAGGAAGAAAGGGGGCGACGGAGGGGGGUUGAAGAGCAAGCAGGCAAGCCGGCUGGCCUGAGCAGCCCAUUUUGGGCACGUUUCCAGGAAGAGGUUAUGGCUCCAUAUUUGGAGAAGUUGAAGGCAAGUUUAGAAAGCUGGUUCAUAGAGCUGGAUCUUCUGGCUGCCUUCAAUGUCCUGAACCCAAAAACGUUGAUCAACAAGGAUCUAGAGGAGACGAGUGUUGCCGACCUGAAGUUGCUCGCCAACCACUUUCCAAGUAUUGAUGAAGCAGCACUUCUGUCAGAGUGGCUCGGCUUCAAGGUCCUUGUGGCUUCAGGAUCUCUCAAGGACAAGUCUCAGCUGCAGCUCAUGCAGGAGAUGGCCUCAGAGUUUGAUGAACUCCAUGGACAAUAUCCCUUCCUGAGUCAGCUGUCAGCCAUUGCACUCACAGUUCCAAUAUCCAGUGUGAACUGUGAGAGGGACUUUUCUGCAAUGAACAGAAUCAAGACAGACUUGAGGAACAGACUGCAGGGAGCCAGUCUCUGUGCCUGUCUGCGGAUCAGCAUAAACGGACCUCCAGUGAAUGAGAUGAACUAUGCAAGAGCGCAGGAGCUCUUCUUUGAGAAGCCAAGAAGAAUGGCAUGCAGUGACAAGUCUUGUCAACUUUGCAAAUAGUCAAUAGCCAAUAAGUGUUCUCUGCUCCUGAUUUUUUUCUGUUUCUGUUUUCUGAAUUUUCUGUUUGCUUUGUGUGCCAAGUAGGGUUGCCAACCGUCCCUUGAAAAACGGAAUCGUCCCGUAUUUAGAAACAAAAGCACCCCUCCCGUAUUGAGGUGAAAAGGGACGCACUUUGUCCCGUAUUAUUGUGACAGUCAAAAAAUAGUCGGUAAAUGCCAAUGAAAAUUUAAUAACAGGGCGCUUUAUAUGUAAACUUACGGUAAACUUGUUCCAAGGCCCCGUCCUGCUCUGUGACCAAUGAACUGACAGCAUAUUCACACACGAGUAUGACGAUACAGAAUACGCUCAUCCCAUUGGUC